UUGUUUUCAGAUGCUAAAAGCAACCAUAGCCUGGAGGGUGCUGAACUUUUGGGUAUCAUCCCAGCUACAAAUGCUUUAGCGCCAUCUUACUAUCAUUCCUUUGGAGUCACGGAAAAUUACUUUAUUCUUUUCGAGACACCAGAAAGGAUAAAUAUGAUGAAGAUGGCAGAAACAGAUUCUGCAAAAAAGUCACUCCAGGAAUGUUUGUUUUGGGAUGAGAAAGAGGGCGUAAACGUGAUUAUCUUUGACAGGAUAAAUUGCAAGAGGAUAGAAAGAAAGAUCACCUCGGAUGCGUUCUUCACCUUUCAUCAUGCAAAUGCCUACGAGAAGGAUGGAUACCUUGUGAUAGACUAUUGCAAAAUCUUGAAUCCCGGCAAUUUUGAUGAUCUCUUAUUGGAGCACAUGCGGGAUGGAACAUUUAGAACAAGAAACCCAAAUCUUGCCCCUUAUCUCCAUAGAAUGAUCGUUCCCUUGACAGUCAGUGACAGCAGUAAACCCGGUGACGAUUUACUUUCUUCGUGCUCAUUUGCAUAUGGAUGCAGGGCAGUGCUCAAAUCAGAUGACAGCAUUCACUGCACGGAUUUCAAAAUGUGUGAGGACUGUGAGUCUAACCUUCCUUAA